GUUACAACCUCAACCCCGCAAAACGCGCGACGCGUGUAGGUAAUACUUUAAGGCAUUAAUUGGUACUGCUUUAGACGUGAUCUUCCGCUGUGUAGGUACAAUCUCGCAAUCUUAGCGAUCUUCGCAUUCUGUGCCAAAUGCUGCGAUAAUGCCCAGGGAGAUCAUUACUAUCCAAGCGGGCCAAUGUGGCAAUAGCAUCGGCAGUCAAUUCUGGCAGCAGCUAUGCCAAGAGCAUGGAAUCAACCAAGAUGGAAACUUGGAGGAUUUUGCAACCGAAGGUGGCGACCGCAAGGACGUCUUCUACUACCAGAGUGAUGAUACGAGAUACAUACCCCGAGCAAUUCUCAUAGAUCUAGAGCCCCGUGUCAUAAACGGUAUACAGUCGGGACCAUACAAGAAUAUCUAUAAUCCAGAAAACUUCUACAUUGGCAAGAGCGGCAUAGGUGCUGGUAACAAUUGGGGUGAUGGAUACCAGUCGGGAGAGGCCGUCCACGAGGAAAUCAUGGAGAUGAUAGACCGAGAAGCCGACGGUAGUGACUCUCUUGAGGGCUUCAUGCUACUUCACUCCAUUGCCGGUGGGACAGGAUCCGGUUUGGGAUCUUUUCUCCUUGAGCGGAUGAACGACAGGUUCCCCAAAAAGAUCAUACAGACCUACUCCGUGUUCCCGGAUACCACAAACGCUGAUAACGUCGUUGUUCACCCUUACAACAGUCUCCUCUCGAUGAGACGGUUAACGCAAAAUGCCGAUUCUGUUGUUGUAUUGGACAACGGGGCAUUGUCUCACAUAGCUGCGGAUAGACUCCAUAUACAAGAGCCUUCAUUCCAGCAAACAAAUCAGCUCGUGUCAACUGUAAUGUCGGCCAGUACUACGACGCUUCGUUAUCCCGGCUAUAUGCACAACGACCUGGUCGGAAUUCUAGCCUCACUGAUCCCUACUCCACGCUGUCAUUUCCUCAUGACUGCGUACACACCCUUUACUGCAGACCAGGUCGAACAAGCUAAAACCGUACGCAAAACGACUGUCCUGGAUGUGAUGCGGCGUCUUUUACAGCCUAAAAAUCGCAUGGUGUCAACCAUACCAGGCAAAAGGAGCUGUUAUAUCUCGAUUCUCAACGUAAUACAGGGUGAGGUCGACCCAACAGAUGUACAUAAGAGUCUGCUGCGUAUUAGAGAACGCAAACUAGCAACCUUCAUUCCGUGGGGUCCGGCGAGUAUCCAGGUCGCCCUGACCAAACGCAGUCCUUACGUUCCAAUGAGCCAUCGUGUCAGUGGUUUGAUGUUAGCAAACCAUACGAGCAUCGCUACAUUGUUCAAACGUAUUGUAAAGCAGUAUGACGGCAUGCGAAAACGGAAUGCCUUUAUGGAAGGAUACAAAAAGACAGCCCCCUUCUCGGAAAAUCUACAUGAGUUCGAUGAGGCCAGAGAAGUUGUGACAGACUUAAUAGCUGAGUACGAGGCCGCAGAGAGUGCCAACUACCUAAAUCCAGAUGAGGGUGAAAAGGCAACGUCUGCCGAAACCGACAAAAGAAUGGGCUAGUAUAUGCACACGACAUCUCCUCUAGGCCGAAAUACAGGAAGACGUAAUGUUUUUUUCUGAAGGCCAAAGUAUUUAUAGUAGACGAGUCAGCAGCUCUACGGUUUGGCGUUUCGGUUAAAGUGCAUCCGCGUAGUAGUGGAUCACCAUGGCUAGGUAGAUACCACUCAGCGACAAUGAAAUCUAAUAUGACUAAAUUCUGCCUCUCUGUGUCGAGCAAGACGCCAGAUGUUAAUAGAAACAACAGGAGCUGCGUAGAAUGAACGGGAAUGUGAGUUCCAGAGGCCAUCGCGCUACAUUACAUGUAGUAGCCUUAGUGGCCUCAACUGUCCCUCAGUGAAGCCUCAGCCAACUACUAGUACAUAUU